AUGAGUCCAUGGUACACCAUGUACAAGACCCGAGAUGCACAGUCAUUUGUCGCGACUGUGUCGGUAACACCUGAUGCAUUUGAUUACAUCUUAUAUUACUUUAAGCACGAGUAUCUUGUGCUUUCACGACCUGGUAAGAGUGGCCGCCCUCCUCGCAUACCAAAGAAGUACGCUGUACUAGCGAUGCUACUGCACUUUUCCACAGCGGCUGUGGAAGGCAAGACGUUACACGAGCUCUUUGGCCUGGCCCCGAGCACGUUUUGUCGAGUGCUUCGUCGUGCCGAAGAAGCCCUCGCGCGGACGCUAAGGCGUAUACCUGACGCGUCAAUCCGAUGGCCUUCGAAGUCACGGCAAGCUCAUUGGGCCUCCAAAGCAAACGAGCGUGAACCGCUGGUGCAAGAAACCAACACUCCUUCGUCGCGCUCUUCACUGAUCCCAAGUGAUUCCAUGGCAGAGAUGUCGCUCAUCUCCAAAUCGGCGGCUAUUUCGACUGCAAGGUCGUGCAUCACCUAG